UUUUACACAUAAAAAGAAGAAAGCAAAAGAAAAACAAAAGAAGGGUGGAAAAAGAAUUAAUUCUUGAUUUUGAUAGCAUUGAUUUUCGUUUCUUUCAACUGUUCUUUCUCCUUCCACAGUUUCACUUGGUAAUAAGAUCUAAUUAGUUUGAUUGUUUUCUGUAAGAAAAGAAAAAAUAGAAAAAAAAAGGAAAAAAUGGCAAGUUUAUAUGGAGGGACAACACAGAAAUGCAAAGCAUGUGAAAAGACAGUAUAUUUGGUGGAUCAACUAACCGCCGACAACAAGGUUUAUCACAAACCUUGUUUCAGAUGCCACCAUUGCAACGCUACCCUCAAGCUGAGUAACUACUCUUCCUAUGAAGGGGUUCUAUAUUGCAAACCUCAUUUCGACCAGCUCUUCAAAAUGACGGGAAGCUUGGAUAAAAGUUUCGAAGGGGGUCCAAAAACUUCUAGAAUCGAUAGAUCCACCGACCACGGGGCUGCAAAUAGCAAAUUUUCGAGUAUGUUUGCGGGAACUCAAGAUAAAUGCGUUGCUUGCUCCAAAACCGUUUACCCUCUUGAAAAGGUAGGAGUUGACGGGGUGUCGUACCAUAGACCAUGUUUCAAGUGCAGCCACGGUGGGUGCGUGAUAAGCCCGUCGAAUUACGUAGCGCACGAGCACCAGCUCUACUGUAGGCACCACCAUAACCAGCUUUUCAAACAAAAAGGCAACUUCAGCCAACUCGACAAGCACGAAGAAGCUUAAAACACUGAAAAACGGGACUGCUUAAAAUCGAUCCCCCUCGAACGUGAAAUACGAGAGAUACACUUCAGUUUGUUUGGUGAAUUUCUUCUUUGGAUUUUUUUGUUUUAGUUGCUGUUAUUAUGUCUUUAAUUUUUUCUUUUUCUUUUUUUUGCCUUGUAAUAAAAUCAGGUGCAGAGUGUGGAUUUUAAUUGAAUGUAAUAUCAUUUGGCGUGUUUUGUAUGG